AUGAGUAGAAAAAUGUUACAAAAUAAAAUCCAGAAAAUGCACAAUUUUGAGGACGAGUUAACAUGUCCCAUUUGUUAUAGUAUUUUUGAAGAUCCUCGUGUACUACCAUGUUCUCAUACAUUUUGUAGAAACUGCUUGGAAAAUGUUCUUCAGGCAUCUGGUAACUUUUAUUUAUGGAGACCAUUACGAAUUCCAUUAAAGUGCCCUAAUUGCAGAAGUAUUAUUGAAAUUGCUUCAACUGGUAUUGAAUCUUUACCUGUUAAUUUUGCAUUAAGGGCUAUUAUUGAAAAGUAUCAGCAAGAAGAUCAUCCAGAUAUUGUCACUUGCCCUGAACAUUACAGGCAACCAUUGAAUGUUUACUGUCUACUAGAUAAAACAUUAGUUUGUGGUCAUUGCCUUACCAUAGGCCAGCAUCAUGGCCACCCUAUAGACGACCUUCAAAGUGCCUACCUGAAAGAGAAGGAGACGCCUCAGAAACUGCUGGAACAGUUAACCGACACACACUGGACGGAUCUCACUUGUCUUAUUGAGAAGCUGGAAGAAGAAAAAUCUCAUUCGGAGAAAAUGGUUCAAGGUGAUAAAGAAGUUGUUCUCCAAUAUUUUAAGGAGCUUAGUGAUAUAUUAGAACAGAAAAAAAAGAAUUACCUAACUGCUCUCUCUGAUGUUGGCAAUCUGAUUAAUCAAGAAUAUACUCCACAAAUUGAAAGAAUAAGAGAAAUGAGGAAGCAGCAGCUUGAAUUAAUGACAUUGACAACAUCUUUACAAGAAGAGUCUCCACUUAAAUUUCUUGAAAAAGUUGAUGAUGUCCGUCAGCGUGUGCAGAUCUUGAAACAAAGUCAACUUCCCGAGGUCCAACGUAUUGAAAUUUAUCCCCGAGUAAGCCAAGUAUUGAAAGAAGAUUGGAGCAUAACAGAAAUUGGACAAAUUAAGAAACUUCUCAUUCCUGAAAUGAAAAUUUCUUCAACCAGGAUGCCUUGUUCCUGGCCUGCUGAUGAAAAGGAAGUUGAAUUUUUUAAGAUUUUAAAUAUUGCUAUAGUUACAUUAAUUUCAGUGAUACUGAUGUUGAUCCUCUUUUUUAACCAACACAUAAUAACCUUUCUAAAUGAAUUCACUUCAAUGUGUUUUUUUGAUGUCUCUCUCUCUGUUUACCAAAGUUUAUCUAACAAUCUGCACAAUUUAAAGAAAAUGCUAUAUCACACUUUAUAUUUACUGAAGGAAUUCAUAUGGAAAAUAGUCUUUCGUUGA